AUGGAUACCAGCCGUGUGCCGCGUAUCAAGUUGGCCAGGGACGCCAAAGUCCUGGGCAGGACCGGUUCUCAGGGACAGUGCACGCAGGUGCGCAUGGAAUUUACGGGCGACACGAGCCGCUCCAUCAUCUGCAACGCAAACGGCCCCGUGCACGAAGGCGACGUGCUGACCCUGUUGGAGUCCGAGCGAGAGGCCCGGAGGUUGCGCGGAGUUUGGCUGCUUGCUGGGUUUUGGAUGUUGGAUUCGACUACUUGA